UGAAGAAUGAAAAGGUAUAUUUUUUGAGUGCCAGAAGGAAACGCACGUGUCGAUUCGCGUGUUAGGUGGAGUCCAGAGUGGAAAGUGGGUGGAGGCUGAGGCCGUGGAGGCUUUCCGCGGAGUAUAUAUGCAUGUCGGGCGGCACGGGGGCCGCGUUGUCAGCCCGUUGUCGAGUGGGCGGGUGUGGCGCGGAGAGGGUGUGUGCGCGUCCGUUGAAUCGCACACUCGCAACACAAUCUCAAGUUGAAGUUGAAAAAAAAAAUAAAUGGGCUUGUAUGCUGUACUGUGUUGGUUUGGAUCGCUCGCGACCUCGUCAUCAACGACACCGAGCACACUCACUAGCUAACACUUGCUGCUGUGUUUGUGAGCCAGCUACCAGAGUAGAGGAUCUGCUGGAUGUAUAUUUUGUACCUACACAACUGCGCCGAGUAAGACUAGUGUGCUCUGAGCUGUGUGUUGAGACUUGAGAGAGUAGAGAGUGUGCUGUUGAAACAGCGAGACUGCUGGUGUACUGCUCGGGUUAAGAGCACGAAGAGCCAAACGGGUGGGCACGAUUUGCGACAGGGGCGUAGAGAGGCGUUCCUUGAUCGGGUCCUCGAGGAGGGCCUUCUUUGUCCCGCGACUCCUUGGCUGAACCCCUCGCACGUGCAUCCGUGAUAAACCACCGGGGUAUCAUCAACUUCCUCGUGUGCUUGUGUCUCUUGAUUUUAUCUUAGUCGUAUUUUUUAAUUUACUUUUUGGAUUUUAUUUUAUUUUAUUCGAUUAUUUAUUUACUUUGUGCUGGUGAAUUUUUGUAUUUUUUUUAGUUAAUUAAAACGCACUGACGCCAACGGAUACGCGAUGCCAAAGUGGUUAUGGAUGUUUGAUCGUGUGUAUAUCCACAAAUGUAUAUAUGUGAUAACGUGAUGCUACAUGUAAUAAAGGGUGUUAACUUGGAAAGUGUAAAGUAAGAGAGAGAGUGAGAGAGAGACUUAGACUUAAGAUAAGGAGGUACAGGAGUGGGUGAGAUAGAAUGGAAGGGAGAACUAUAGUGGUGCAGGAAACAGCUGAAGAGGAACAAGAUCCUCUGCAGGUACAAGCACAGUCUCAAGAAGCUCAGGAUCAGCAGCAGCAGCAACAACAACAACAGCAGCAGCAGCAAUUAGAGCAGCAAGUGUCUCAACCUCAGUUACGGUUUCUCAAUGCCAGUGUUCUCCAACAGUUACAACAGCAUCAGCAAGAAGUCCAGCAGCAGCAACAGCAGCAAGUUCACCAACAUGGACAACCCCAAGUCAUCACACUCCAGCAGUUGCAGAAUUUCGUGCCCAUGUCCCAACAGCAGCAUGACCAGCAGAGACCUCAAACUAUUUCAGUACAAACUUUACCACAGCAAUUUUUACAAGGUGCUCAGUUGAUAAAUAGCCAAGCAGCUCUGCAGCAGCAGCAACAGCAACAACAACAUGGACAACAACAACAACCCCAAGCCCAACAGCAGCCACAGCAGCAGCAAUUGAGUUACAGUGUGAUACCACAAAUGCAGACAGUAAAUAUUGAUGGCCAGGAUGCACUUUUCAUUCCGUCUUCGCCAAUGACCUCGAUGGCGGCUCAUCACCAGUCAUCGCCGACAAUGCAAUUUACAACAGCCAGUGGGCAACAGGUCCAGCUCGCAUCUCAGCAAGUCCAGUUGGCAAAUGGCCAGACAAUUAUCACUCCCCAGCCUGUCAGUUUAAUCCGAGCACCAAAUGUCUUUCCAACUUCCAUUAUCCAAAAUAUCGGGGGUCAAACAGUACAACUGCCUACAGAUUCCAAGGCAACCAUGGAUGUUUCAGGACAAAGUGUUCAAGUGAGGCCACUGCAGUUUCCACUUCAGCAUGUCCAGCAAACUGUGCCUGUACAAAUACCAGUUACCACCAACAAUGGACAGACAAUAUAUCAGACGGUGCAUUUUCCCAUUCAAGCUUUGUCGAAUGUUUUUAAUAUGGGUCCACAAAUGAUGCCACAAAUAACCCAGCAAAUUCCCCAGAUGGCACAAAUAAUUACACCUAAUGGGCAAAUCCAACAAGUUCAAAUAGCAAAUUUAUCACAGCUUCAAAAUCUCCAAGGUCAGCAGGUUGCCGCGCAAGUUGCUCAACAAGUAGCACAGCAGCAAGCAGCUCAGCAACAAGUCGUACAGCAGGUUACUCAGCAUCAAACUCAACAACAGGUCGUUCAACAACAGCAGCAACAACAGGUCGCGGCAGCCCAAGCUCAGGCUCAAGCUCAAGCUCAAGCUCAAGCACAAGCACAAGCGCAUCAGCAGCAGCAAGUCCAACAAGUAGUCCAACAAGUUAUGCAACAGCAAGCCCAGCAACAACAACAGGCACAGCAACAACAACAACAACAGCAGCAGCAAGUUCAGAAUCAACAGGCUGCUGCUUCAACACCAACGUCAAGUACCAGCUGGUCAACAUCCGUAUCAACUCCCGGCAAUGUCCAAGUUGUUGGUAUUGGCCAACUUGGUAGACCAAACUCAAAUGUGAUAACGACUAAAGACGGACAAAAAAUAGAACUGUCUACUCUAACGAGACCUGCUGACGGCAUUGAAAACGAAUUAAAACUUACGAGUUUAGAUGCGAGUCAAUUGGCUGCCGGUCAAGUUAUUCAUAUACCCUCGGCACAAGCUACACAACAGACAAUCCAACCGAUAACAAUUACUGGUGCACAAGGUCAGCAGCUCACUCUCAUAUCAGCAUCUGCACUGACGAAUUUAGCAUCUCCACAGGGCGGAAUGAUGCGGAGUAUAAAUGUUGGGAAUGGUGGAAUAAUGCAGAUUCAACCAGGAACCGGCGUCAAUACACCCAAUGGAUUUUUACAGUCGAUACCUCUGCAAAAUAUCCCCGGGCUAAGUAACGUUCAAGUUAUUCCAGCAAGUGCUUUACAACCUGCUACUGUUCAAACACUGCCAACUGGCGCUGGUGGUACUCCCAUUGUAACCGGCCAGACUGUUCAUCUGGACUCCAGUGAUCCAACAAAAUGGCAAAUACUGCAAACCAUCCAAGCUAAUGGUACGAUAGCUCCAUCUACUCCAGCUCCACAGCCACAACAGCAACAGCAGAACACCACGACAAUAAAUAAUACCGGGGAAGGUGAACCAAAACAGCAUCGACGACGUGUUGCUUGUAAUUGUCCUAAUUGCAGUGACGGCGAUAGGACACGUGAUAUAACGCAUAAACGUCAGCACAUAUGUCACAUUCCUGGUUGCAAUAAAGUAUACGGAAAGACAAGUCAUCUGAGAGCUCACCUCAGGUGGCACACUGGAGAACGUCCUUUCGUGUGCAGUUGGGUCUUCUGCGGGAAAAAAUUCACCAGGUCUGAUGAACUGCAGAGGCACAGAAGAACUCACACUGGAGAAAAGAGGUUCCAGUGUCCUGAAUGUACAAAGAAAUUCAUGCGCUCUGAUCAUCUUACAAAGCACAUCAAAACGCAUACUAAAAUACGGAGCACCGAAGCUGCCACAUCGACGCAAGAAGGCUCAUCAGAUAGUCAAUCUUCGAGCGAAGAUAAAAUUAUAAUUGCGCUUCACAAAGAGACUGAUCAAGCGGACAUUAUACUGCCCGGAACUAUCGAGGGCUUGCAGAGUGAAACGCCGACACAUGUGACGAAUGAAUGAGCGUAUUAAACAUAAUUAUCGGCUAUUAUUAUUAUUAUUAUUAUUAUUUUUUUUACGUUGUAUAUUAUGGUUUAAAGAUUAGUCAAAGAUAACUUUAAUUAAUUAAGAACAAUCAUAGAUUUUUAUAAAACUGGGUGCUCCAGUAGUCCAAGUAUUAGGUUUCUUUCAUCUAUACAUAUAUAUGUGAUUACAUAUAUAUAUUUUUUUUCUAUUUCUAAUUAUAGUAAUUAUUUAAUAAAAUUUUUUUUGUGUAGUCUUUAGAAUGACGAUUUACAGGGAUUGCUAAUUCUAUAUUUUUCUAAAGAAUGUAUAAAAUAAAAUAAAUGUAAAUAAUGUACAUGACUGUAAAAAAAUUUACACAAAAAAAAAAAAAAAGAAAAAAAAAUAUACACCCAAAAUUUAAAAAUGUGGAAAUACAUUUAAAUUUAUUUAAUUAGUUAAUUAAUUAAAUAAUAUAUUGAUAUUUAUGAGUGUAAACGUAUCAGACAUACGACAAUUUUUUAAUUACAUAUAAAAAAAAUUUUUUAAAAUGCAUGUACUGAAUUUCGAAUUUUCUAAACAUGCAUUUUUUAAUUUUUAUUUUAUAAACAUUUUAAUUUAUUAUUUCAAAGUUUUAAAAAUUGUCAGAUGUCCGCUAGCUAUCAUCGAUAUUUUAUUGAUACGAACACGAUUUGCAUUCACUAAUUAUCAUUAAAUUGUAAUUAAAUUUUUCUUUACUCCUGCGGACUAGCAAAAUUUGCUAAUAAAUAAUUAAUCUUAAUUUGGGCGUAAGUCGAUGUCUUAAAAGUAGUGGAUAUAAAUUAUAUUGCGGAAAUGAUGAGGAAGUUGGCUCGACAAAAACCACAGUACGAAAAUAAAUUUUUUGUAUUUUUUUACAGUAUAUAGUACAGUUGAUUAUAUGCGACAUACCAGCAUCGCACUGUCACGGCAAUUAUAAUAUUUAAUCGAAUUAAAUAGUCAGUCUUGACCCUUAAAAAAAAGGACACUGCUACGAACUGAUUUGAAUUUUUUCUUUUUUUUAAUCAUUAAAUAUCAUUGAAUAAUAAUAAUAAUUAAGUCGACUAAUAAUAUCACGCUGAGGCCUUUGGAAUAGUGAAAUCUCGCCUGCAAAAUAUUCAAGUUGACUUACUGUAUAAGUUUGUGUAUAAUAUAUUAACUUUAUAAGUAAUAAUUAAAUUCGUCGUAUCUAAUACAAAAGGAGUAAUCGAGACAGCCUCCAAUUAAAUUGGAAAAGUUGUACGGAAAGAAAAAAAACGGCACACUUUAAGUUCAAACACGUGGUGGAGAUAAUUUAAGUAUAUACAAUAUCAGGGAUCACCGGGUUCUGUGUAAAUUUCACACCAAAUUGGACAGUGAGUUGAAGCAGGACCACCCCAACGCCAGCACUGCGGUAUACCCAAGUGUGUAAGCCCUUGUCUUACAACUCUAUAUAACCCGGUGUUAAAUAAUUUUUUCGACCCUCGUCCCCAAAUAAUUUUGUCCUUAAAAAUAUAUUUUUCAGUGUCAAAUGCCGUAUUUGUUUCGGAAAGUACGUCGUUGUAAAUAUUCGAUGUGUCACCAGAAAGUGAAAAGUCACCGAGAAAUAUUGAGUUCUUUGCAUCUACAAAUCGUUCAAUAAUAUUAUUGUCUUCUGGGUCGUGCAUCUGGACAUUUAUUAAAGUAAUAUCGAAUUUAUUGACCUAGAAAAAAAAAUAAUACAUAAGUAAUCGCCCUGAUUAUUUUAAAAUCAUUAGUCAUUAAGGAUAUCCUCAGAUAACACUCCCCACUUCUCCCACUUUUUAAAAAUAUUCAAUGACCUCGAACGGUCAUAUCAGCAGUUACAAUUGUCGCUGAUAAAUUGGAAGUUGAACGAAAUUUGUUGAGUAAAUUUCAGUAAAAUCUUUACGUAAAUUUCAUGAUUAGAAUUUUCAAAUUUUGUAGACUAAAAUUUAUUCACCAAAUUUUGUUGAGCUCUUGAAAGUCAUUAAAUAUUUUUAAAAAGUGCCGGGCACUGUCUGAGAAUGUCCUUAAUAUAAAUAAAUAUGAUAAAAAUUACGUGAAAUAUAAUUGAAGCAAGUACUGGAAGAAAGACAGUUGUCGCUGGAGGUUGUUCACGAAGACUGAUGCACAUAUCUGGGUAUGCAUCCCACAAAACAGCGAGACCAGCACCCAGAUGUACAGAACGCCAUUGCCGAUGAUUACCGCGCCAGUCUUUAACGCGUUUUAGUAUCGGGGUGUUCAGUUCUCGUGUUAAUUUAUCCAGAGCUUCUAAACUCUUUACUUCCUGAAGCGCCAACAACGAAAUCCUGGUGAUAAUCAAAAGUAUCAGCACCGCUUUGCAUGAUGAUCUUCGUUAAAAAAAAAAUGUAUUUUUCUAAACCAACCGAUUUUCUAAGAUGGUUCUGCAGAUGACUUCCAUGACACCUGGAUUGCCAGCUUUGUCGCUAUUAAAACCGUUCAAAUUCCAGGAGGCGACUCUUAUUGAUGUCCGGUCCAAAGAUUCAUUGAAGUUGUACUCGAUGCAGGGACGUGGACUAGCGAUACUCAACAAUUCCCAUAUUUCUUCCUCCGUGAUCCCGGGACUUAAUUCUACAUUUUUUUCACUAUCAUCUAGUCGGGGUCUGGUAAAAAAAAAUAAUUGCAAUUAACAAAAGUUAUUAAUGACAAGUAGCUGACUACUGGUUAAUUACAUUCUUAAAGGCGUCACUCGGUCGCGAUUGACACGAGCGACUCGACGACCCGCGUUAUUAACUCGAGGUGUACUGGAAGCUUGAGGAAUGUUCCAGGAAGACGAAGGACUUCCAUUACUACAGGUAUGGAUUACUGAUCCAUUUGAAAUACUGCUUAAUUUAAGGUACGGUCGUAUCAUUGCUAACUUAUAUUUUCCCAUUCCUCGCAAUUUCGCGAGCUCGUCAAGAGAAUUAAAGCAUCCAUAUUUUAAUCUCUUCUCCACAAUCCUCGAUGCUAAUUCCUGAGUGUGGAUAAAAAAAUUAUUAAUUUAUUAUCACUACUGUUAUUAUUUAUUUAUUUUUUUAAUUUUCUAGUUCACUUGUCAGUUAAAAUUAAACUAAAAUCGUGAAUGCAGGAUAGUGAUCAAAGCAUAGCGAACUUUUUUUUUUUUUGUAUAGUUCUCAAGUGUAAAAAAAAAAAAGCGGGUAAUUUAGCAGUAACUAUUUA